AUGCGCCGCUGUUUCAGUCCCCUCGCUGCUCUGUCAGCUCUCGCUGCCGCCAUCUGCUUCCUGACUGCUUUACCGGCUGAUGCCUUAGCUCCAGCGCCUCGGCCAGUCCUGCUUGGUAGAUGCCAGCGCACCGCGGCUAAAGGGCUGGAAGGAUGCCCAAAGAACACGAUCUACGUCAAGAGUGCGGACGAGCUCGCCGACGCAUUGGCAGGUGACUCGAUCGUCAUUAUCCUCAAGAGCGGCGUCAAGUAUCGAGGCCGUUUCCGUGCGAAACGUUCUCUCGUCAUCGCCGGAGAGCUGGAGGUAGGAGCAGUGCCUGUCCUCGCAACCUUCGCUUGCGGCAACGUCGAAAGCGAUGGCGAAGACACCAACGUGUUGGUCAAGGACGUCCAGAUUCAAAAUGAGUGCGACGACAACUACCAGCGUAGUAGAAAUCCUCCUGAUUUCUCAUACGGCAGCUCACCCGCUCUCUGGGUAGCGACCGGAAGCAGUGCCAGCAUCAUGGAUUCGCAGCUAUACAGCUGGAGAAGCACCCUCGCUGUGCAUGGCAGGGCCAACGUGUUCCGCUCCGAGGUGCAAGGCUGGUACGAUUGGAUUUGGGGGACUGGUCGUCUCUUCAUCUCCGAAUCCCAGAUCGCACCUCGAGGAAAAGGCAACAUAGUCACUUGGGACAGCAGCGUUUCGAAUGGCGCUGUUGUCAUCAAAAGUUCGACCGUUGGACCUGCCGCCGAGCCUUUUGCGCGCAAGGACUUGGUUGCUGGUAGCGUCUACCUUGCUCGCCCAUGGAUUUCCGACACCACGUCCAUCUGGAUCUCUACCAAGUUGUUCGACAUUGUCAACCCAGCUCUCUGGUCCGCUCAAGGCUACAGGGGCUCUUUCGUCGACAAGCAGCGAGGGGUAUUUGGAUCCAAGUCGCUGAAUGGCCAAGGUUAUGUCGCUGCUAAAGUCGACAAGAAGCUGGACAGCUCCGACACCAUCGACUUCUCCAAGUACCAUUCCGAGGAGGCAUUCUUCGAUGAUGACGUAGACUGGAUCGAUGGUCCUAUGCUCGAGUGGCCUUGAACGCUGUGAGCUUCACCGCAACCCUUCCCUGACACAUGUCAUGCUGUGGUCACCAGGGCCAUGCGCGUGUUGAAGGCCACCAAGAUCUCGAAAUCAAGAAUUGAACGCGAUGCGCUUGUUGCACCUUGGGAGGAUCUUAUGACCAGGCUGCUAGCUAGAGAAGUACUCACGACUGUUGGUCUCGUGACCCUGUGAUAGCGCUUUGCGGUGGGAGGGAUGAAGCUCGGAGAGGCUCCUUCCCCACGCG